GGGCGAAGUGGGAGAGGGAGGGCUGAGCGAAGGGGGUACGGAAAGGUGGAGGGGGGGAGGGGAAAGGGAAAGGGAUUACGUCAGCAGGGUAAUUGAUAUGGAUUGGGUGAGGUGGAAGUCGGCAGCAUUGGGAUCCUCCUCCCCAUCGACAAAUGAGAAGAAGAAGAAGUUCGAGGUUCCUGCCAUCGGGAUCGAUCUGGGGACGACGAACAGCUGUGUCGCGUUCUGGAGCCAUGGCCGCGUGGAGAUCAUCCCCAACGAUCACGGGCAAUCGAUCACUCCGUCCUGCGUAGCCUUCACACAGGAAGGCGGUGUGCUUGUCGGCAAGUCGGCCAAGAAUCAAGCGGCGCGCAAUCCUAAGAACACCCUGUUCCAGGUGAAAAGGUGGAUGGGGAGGCGCUAUGGAGACGUCGUCGAGACGGUAAAGAAGAUGGCCAAAGGGUUGUGGUCCUACGCUUUCACGCGUGGCGACGGUGGGGGAGGAGGAGGAGGAGGAGGAGAAUGUGUGAUCGAAGUGAAGACUGGGAGCCAGAAGAAGAGGUACACGGCGGAGGAGAUUUCAGCGAUCAUUCUGAAGAAACUCAAGGAGAUUGCCGAAGCUUAUCUAGAUUCCACAGUGAAGAGCGCCGUGAUUGGAGUGCCGGCCAAUUUUACCCAGGCGCAGAAGCAAGCGACGAAAGAGGCCGCGCGACUUGCUGGGCUGGAGGCCGUCAGAUUGAUAACGGAGCCAUCUGCCGCCGCUCUGGCCUACGCCCUGCGUACGAGUCAUGUAGGGAGCAGCAGCGAUGGCGGCGGCGCCGGAGGAGGAGGAGGCAGCGGGAUCGACAAUCCAGCUGCCGGAUCGUCGAAGAUGGUUAUGGUGGUUGAUUGGGGAGGGGGAACCCUGGACGUCUCCAUCAUGAAGGUGAAGAAGCAAGAGUACGCUGUCAUCGCCGUUGCCGGCGACACUCAUCUCGGCGGCGAAGACAUCGACGACGCUCUCGUGACGCACUUCGCCGACGAAUUCCAGCGUCUGCACAGGAUCCCGAUUCGAGAUAACCCGCGUGCGAUGCAUCGGCUGCGCGCCAAGUGCGAGGAUCUGAAGCACGAUCUGUCCUUUCGCGAAGCUACCACGAUCUGUGUCGAUUGCCUCGCGGAAGGAUUCGAUUUCGAAAUGACCAUGAGUCGCCAGUUUCUGGAGUCUUUCAUCGGUCCCAUCCUCCAAAAAUGCAUGAAUUUCGUCGAGAAGGCCAUAACGGACGCGGGAAUAAAAGACAAGUCGGAGAUCUCGAAGGUGAUUCUGGCCGGGGGAUCGACCAGAAUACCGAAGCUGCAGGAGAUGCUGUCAGAUUCUUUGGGCGCCAACAAAUUGUGCAAGAGCAUUCAUCCAGACGAGUGCGUGGCGUAUGGCGCUGCUGUUCAGGCGGCUUUACUUACGGGAGAGCUGCAGUUGAAGGUCACGGAUCUAGCGGUCGUGGAGGCUGUUCCGUUAACCAUCGGCAUGUGGGCUGCAGGGGGUUCGUUUCUCAGAUUGAUUAACCGAAACAGUCCGUAUCCGAUUAGACACGAAGAGCGGCUCUGCGCUGCAUACGACGGGGCCACGUCGUCAAAUGUAAGUCUGUAUGAAGGGGAAAGGGAGAAGCCUAAGGCGAACGAGUUCCUCGGGUGUGUGACUAUAGAUGGUUUGAUACCGGGACCGCCAGGCAGUGGGACAGAGAAAUCCUCCUUCUCGGCCAUCUUCGAGAUUGACGACGAUGGGAUUUUGACCGUCACGUUGAGGGACGCCUUCGGUCGAUCCGUGUCGGCGUCUUUGGGAAAGAAUUGGGGGAAGUGUAGUCCAGAGGAAGCGCGCAAUGCCGCGGAGGUUGCGUCGAAGCUUGCGCGGGAGGACAAGGCGUAUGUUGCCAAARAAGCUGCUAGGUAUAGCUUGAGGAAUUGCAUUCACAGGAUUAGAUGGCGGCUGAGUCUUGUUUCGGACAUGAAAGAGAAGGAGCGGAUAACGCAGCUGCUGAAAGGGGCCGAGGAGGGGGCAGGUGAUGGUAUUCAUCUCUUCGACAGUUCCUUCUACGACAUUUGGAGACGCCACGUGGAGUUUACCUGUGGCCAUAUCUGAUGCGUGCAGGUUGCUCCGCGUAAUGAUGAUGUGGUUUGGGUCUCGUUUUUCUCUUUCCGUGUUUGUUAGGAUUUGAUGCAAGAGCAUGAUGAUCUCGAAAAUGCUACUGAAUGUGGAAUCAUUGUUUCUACUUCGAAUUCGUUCUACAAUCCUCCAGGACAGGAUAGCAUCAUAGCAGGCGCAUGGGAGUAACCUACCACCUCUCCCAAAAAGAUAAGGAGGGUAUGGGAAUAAACGUGAAACUCUACG